GGUGGCUAAAUUCCAAGCCAGCUGCAAACCCUAUUAGUGUGUUCAUCUAGUGUGAAGGCAAAGAUGGAGGAGGUGGAGGCGGAGGCAGAGGCGGAGCUGGAAGCGGAGACAAAGGUGGAGCCAGAGCCGGAGUCAAAGGUGGGAUCGAGAUCGGAGGUUAUGAGAGGUGACUUUAGGGGAUCGUGUCUUAAACUAUUUUAAAUUGGCAUUUUCUUACUUUAAAUUGAUUGAAGCAAAGGCUGGGAGGAUAUGUUAGUUUCCAUGGGUGCUAAUGUUAUGGGAUUAGUUUCCUUAAAUUUGAUAUGUUAAAUGGUGUUGAUUUUAUUUUCUUUUUUCCAUAUUUAUCAUUUAUUGAAAUUUUCCUACUCUGUUUUUUCUUUUUCAGCAAAAGAGCAAAUAUAAUGCCUUUGACUAGAAUGAUGUAAUUUGGAAUUUACAACUAAAAGUUGAGUGUUUGAAUAAGGAAGUGGGGGAACUUGAAAGAGAUAAAUUUAUUGAUGUUGAGAAAGCUAAUGAGAAGCUAAUGGAUCGUGUAAGGUUUGAAUGGAAGAAUCAAGUUGGAAAGCUGCAAAUGAAUUUCUCAAUUGUGCUUGUGCUUGUAAAUUCAAAAUUUAGUUUAUAGCAUUUGGUAGAGUUAUGUUAUGGACGUUAGAAAAUGCCAUGAAUUUCAAACUUUAGAUUCUUUGUCUUCUUUUGCUAUGUAUGAAUCAUGAACAAUGUAUGUAAUAUUUUCAACUUUUGACAAUGAAAAGCAGAUGUAAUUAUUUUACAAUUGAACUCCAGGUUUUGGUCUUUUUAUUUUUGGUUCAAACUCCAGAUUCUUUGUCUUGUUUUUAUUUGAGCAAAAUCCAUCGAGGUUCUGUUUUCUUCUUAUGUAUACAUAUACAAAUGUAUCCAAUUUCUUGUCUUCCUUUUUAUUUGAGCCAUCCAGGUUCUAUUCUCUUUUUAUUUAUAUACAUAUACAAAUAUAUCCAAGUUCCUAUC